GUCAUCGGCUCACCGAGCCUAGCUGCCGGCCGCAUCAUGGCUAAGCACGCUGAGCCGUCUGAGGUAAUCCUGCCAGUGGAGUCUCUUGGGAAACAACAUCGUUCGACCGUUGGCUGAGCUCUCUGACUCAGCCAUGACAAAGUCAGGAAAGUUACCACAGUAUGGGGGGGAAGGGGACCCAGAAGUCUGCGUAAGGGUCCCUUCGGGCUUGGUUGUUGGAUCGUCAUGCAUGAAUGAGCGGGGGCUGCUGACAACUGCGCGAUCCUUCUCCACUACCCCCCCCCCCCAUUCGAGUCAGGUAUCGUCUGCGGGGGAAGAAUGCGGGAGGUGGGCGAAGUGGGAAACCGGACGGUUUCGCAUAUGGAUGGCCGCAGGACAAGGGGUAAAAGCCGGGAUGGUUUCUCGGCUAUUACAUAUCAGGGGCUGCGGUGUGUUGAACAUUGAGAACAGGGAGAAUCUGACGGUGCGGGAAGAGGUACCACUGGGAGGUGCGGUGGAAGUUAAAAACAAAUGAUAACGUUAACUAUAUAACCGUUAUAACGUGAGGUUCACCCUCAUUCUCGCUUAUCACACAGCAGGUCUGCGAGUGUCAUGUAUAUAUCCGCACGCACUUUGCCGACCAGCGACAGGUAUGCAAUAUCCUCGUCCAGCUGUCGGGAACCAGAUCCCCAAUAAUACAUCUAGUGGCCAGUCAACGACGUCUUGUUCCCCUAGGAGAUCUAAUUUGAAAUGCACGAGACUUCUU